AUGAUGCAUUGCGCUCCCACUGGAAAGUGUCAAGAGAGCUUCUCACCCUCCCGUGGAAACAAAGCUCACUUAACGCUAUUUUUGUGCGUUUUUUGGGGUCAAUUCGGGAGCAAUGGAGAGCGACUGCACGGACUGACCUUCCUCUAACGUGCAUCUGCUGAGGUUACUGCAAUUCACGGAGGAUUUCGCGGUUGUCUUUGGACCUUUUGCCUGUUUCGAGUGCCAUGUGGGAGUAAACCUUCCCAGGAGGUGCCAUGCUAGCCACACAGAUGCCAGACGUGCCACCCGAGGCUAAAGAUGUCAAACAGAUCAAGGAGAAGUUGGCACAGUCGCUCAAGGCCCUGCAGAAGAGAUACGUAACGUCGGACACGGUGGUCACCAGUGAUGACGGGGACGCCAACCUCCUCUGCUGUGCCCUGGAAGCCAUCUUCAUCCACGGUAUCAAGAACAAGUACAUCCGCUCGGAGUCUGGGGGCCGGAGUAGGAAGGGAGGACCCCUCCCUCAGCCUUUCUUCUGGAGCCUCCUCAAGACCGUCACCCACCGUGAUGUGGUCACAGAGCUGGAGAAGAUCAGCUUCGUGAGCACGGACGUGGGUCGCUGCCGGGCCUGGCUGCGUCUGGCCCUCAACCACGGCUUGCUGGAGUGCUACCUGGCGUCGCUGUUCCGCGAGGGCUCCAAGCUGCGCGCCCACUACCAGCCCAGUGCCUUGCUCCUGGACACCGAGGAGCGGGAAGUCCUGCUCAGCUACCUCCAGGGUCUGGCCUCACUCACAUUCAGCCUCUCCUACAAGUCCGCCGUCCUCAACGAAUGGACCACCACGCCCCUGGCUCUCGCUGGACUCUGCCCCUUGUCCCAGGCGGACAAGCUCAACCUGAACCUCAACGGCGGAGACCUUCCCACAUCCAAGCCCGUGUUUAAAGAAUCGUGGGAUACCGCUUCUCAGUCGUCGGGCUCGUCGGAUGCACUGGAUAAUCAGAGAGGCUGCCCAGUGAUGCUGACAGGGAAAGGGAAUGGUGUGUUACAAAGCGGUAGUACUGCACUAAGCUCCUCUAAUUUAAGCCUGGACACCACCGGCUCCUCUCAGCUCUCCUCCAGCUUGAGCUCUGACAGCCUCCUGCAGGGUCAGGACCCCCGCAGCCCGACGGGAGAGCAGUGGUCCUCAUGUGACCUGGACACGACCAUUAAUGUCUCCAUCAGCACCAAGAGGACACAGAAGGAUUUUCUGACAGAGUUCAGGGAGAGUGGCCACUGCAGUCAGGACUCCAUGCGUGAAGACUCCUUUGUCUCCAGCACGGGUCCAGAUCAGUACUCGGAGACGGCCGUUUUCAGUGGCUAUGACAGCGAGACCAUGGGUCCCCCUACACCAUCCCAAGACCACGUGGACCCGGUCCCAAACUCUUUACUGUGUGAUACAGAGCCAUCAGAAACACCUGAUGAGAACCACGUCAACUGCUCUCCCUCUGAAGUUUGCAUCGAUUCCUCUUCUGAGUUACACUUGGACACAGACAUUCUCUCUACAGUCAGUGAUCCUGUGGAGCCUGUAGAGGAUGUACAUAUCACCCCUGUUGAGGAGACUCCUGAGCCCGUCAAGGUGGAGAAAGAAGCCGAGCCUUCAGUGCAUCAAGGCCCACGUCGCUCCACCAGCAUCCUGAGCAGGAACCUGUCCUCAGAUUCUCAAUCACAUUCUCAUUCCUGGAUCUCUGAGGAUGACAUCUAUAAGCCUCACCUGGAGGAGAUGUCGGACCAAGAUGAGGCUCCUCCUCCCGCUCCCUCGGCUGAGCUCAAGGUCUCUCAGUCACCUCCCAGUGUCGUCCAUCGCAGGCAAAUAGGGCUGUUCAACCCUUUCCGUGGCUUGCUGAAGCUCGGUCACCUGGAGCGGCGCAGUGCGAUGGGACUGUGGCGCGAUCACUACUGCGAGCUGUCGCCCUUCGAGUUCCGGCUGUACCUCAACGCGGAGGAGCGCACCUGCUGCGACAACUGCUCGCUGGUGCGAUGCGAGGACGCUCGGGUCGCCUCGCCCGAGGGCCGCUUCGAGCUGGCCUUCCCCGGGAAGAAACUUUACCUCCGGGCCGCCAAUUGGGACGAAGCCGAGGACUGGGUGGACCGGAUAGUAGAGGCCGUCAACAAGUGCCGUCCGGCGUCUCGUACGGACGAGCAGUGGGAGGUGCUGCAACCCACCUGUGAGAACGGCGUUGAAGCGUCCUCGCCGUCCUCCAGCCCCUCAAGCCCCGAGCGAGGUGUGUCCUCCUCGGACACGGGGACAAACGGAAGACAGGAGGCGCCGUCUCCUCCGCAGGAAUUCGACUGGACUCGGACUGCGGAUUUGGAAACGGAUGCCCUCAAAGAAGCUGUUCUGUACUUCUCCACAGAUCCAGAGGCUCAGACGUGGGUGCCUCUGGUCUUCUCGCUCUCCUUGGAGGCUUUGAAAGGGUUCCGGGUCCAAGACGGAAGGAAGCUGCUGCGACAAACGCUCCCUAUCGAGGAAAUCCGGGACGUGGUGCCCGACGUGUCUCUGGGAGGGCCGGCGUUUUUCAAACUCCUCACCGUCAGGGAGACGUUUAGAAUCAAAGCGGAGAACCCGGAGGAGGCUCGCUCCUGGAGGGUUUUGAUCCGAGGAGCUCUGGACUCGUACCUGGAGAGCGGGGAGGAUGAGGGCUCUGGGGAGCCGGCUGCAGUGACGGGAAACCUCCACAGACUGGUGCAGCACAGACUCAAAGAAGAUGGAGUUCUCCUCGUGCAUCUGUGCACUGUUUCCUCAGAGAAGGGGCUGGACGCCCAGAGCUUCAAGUGUGCAGGGUGUCCUCAGCCGAUUGGCCCGUCCCUGGGCAGAGCCAGGCUGUGCGAGUUCUCGGGCCAGUACUACUGCGACUCCUGUCACCACGGCGACACCACCGUCAUCCCCUCACGCAUGGUGCACAACUGGGACCUCACGCAGCGAGAGGUGUCUAAGAAGGCCCUGCAUCUCCUGGCUCAGGUGGAGCACGAGCCUCUGCUGAACCUGGAGCAGCUGAACCCCGAGCUGGUGACGCAUGCCGAGUCCAUGUCUCAAGCCCACAACCUGCGUCAGAGGCUACGCCUGCUGGGAGACUACCUGCUCACCUGCCGCAGCGGAGCCUGCAAGAAACUCCAAGCCAGAAUGGGGCAGCGAACGUACCUGCUGGAGUCGAGCCAUCUGUACAGUGUCAUGGAUUUACGACAGAUAGCAGAGGAUCAAUAUGUGAACUUCCUGCUCACACUGCUGCAGGAGGCCUCCAACCACGUGUUCCACUGUGACCUGUGCACUCAGCGCGGCUUCAUCUGUCAGAUAUGUCACGCUAACGACAUCAUCUUCCCCUUCCAGCUCGACAUCACCACCAGGUGUAAAGAUUGUAAAGCUGUGUUCCACCUUACCUGCAAAGCAGACGGGGUCUCGUGUCCUCGCUGUCAGCGGAUGAAGAAAUACCUGGAGAGGAACCUGCUGUUCUGAGCUGUGAAGCCUCGACUCACAAAGCCACGUCUUUCAGGAAGCUACAGAAAAAUCUAGCUUUUACAUGAAGUAACCUCAAGUGCAAUUAUGAGUAUAUGUGGGAGAGCGACGGUGCUGCGGGAGCUCGACUCUCUCGCGCUGAUUUUAGAGGCACAUCGGGCCUCGUGAUGCUGACAUAAUGAGGCCAAAUGUUGCUGACCGGUGACUCUAAUACCUCUGAACUCCGACUCAGCCACGGCAUCCACCGGAGGACUCGACACCGGUGAAGGUUGCUGCCAAGAAUCAUAUCCAACACAUUUUUAACAUGCCGGUUUUUUUUUACUUUGUAUGUCUUUAUUGUAUCUACAUUCAGCAUGUUUACCAGAAAUGCUCCACAGAACAUUCUGCAUUUGUCUCAGAAGCACAUAUUUAAGACAUAAUGCAGCAGGACGGUUGGGUUCUGAACAUGCAAAAAUAUCGAAAGCAGCACUUGAAAUAUUCUAAUCAACGUGUUUUGAUUGUGCCUUCUUUUUAAUUUAAGCUUUACACUCUUUUUCCACUUUGGUGUGUGUGUGUGUGUGUUUUAACAAAGAGCCAAAAAGCCUCACAAUGGUAGUUUCCUUUUUUUUAAUUUACAUUAAUCAUAAGAAGUAAUUACAUUGCUGCAUUAGAUACUGAUUUUAAGAUGAAAAUCUAGUCAUAGAGAAGACUUUGUGGAAUGUUUCUUCUAAGUUUUUCAAGCUCACAAAUGUAUAUUAAUAUAUAUAUAUAUAUAUAUAUAUAUGAUUAAAAAUAAAUAAACAAAUAAUCAGAUUUCAAAACACAUUUUGCACAUUUGCACGUAUCAGCUAUGACUGUUAAUAUUUGACUCGCAGAAGUAACACAUAAACACAUUUUCGCUUUUGCCAAAAUCUGAAGAGAACAAAACAAAUGAUUGAUGGUUUAAUCAUUAAGUCCUUUUCGAUAUAUGCAGAACAUAUCACACAGAAUAAUUAAGUUUAUUCUGGGUUUGUCUUUUUUUGUCAUCUCAUUUAUUAUUCAUGAUGUAUAAAUGACCAUUAUGAUUAAAUGUCUCUGUGUUACCUGA